AUGGUCAGAGUUGAAGAAGACGCCGGCAGCACGACAUCCUCCGGCCACCAGCACAGUUUAGGAGACGAUACUCUCCUGGCCGAAUUCCAACGCCGGCGAGAAAAAAGAAAGACAGGAAAAAGCCACGGCGGAGAACCUAGGAAAGGACCGACAAAGGAGCGUUUGGUUCUUGGCGCUUCUCAGCCCGAUCCAAAGAAACAAAACAACACCAAUCUUCUACUUGAAAAAGAGGAUAUACCUCCUCCUCGAAAUACCCCCACUGCUACCAAGCGUUUGGAAGACCAAAAACUAGCCAAAAUCGAGGCUGAACUCAAGAAGCUAGGCAAUGAUAGCGAUCAACAACAGAGGAUACGGAGGGAAAGAUACCCAGCCUUCGACACCGCUCUUGAGGAAUUCGAUGCAAUAUACCAACGAAGGGGCGCCGAAGAGAAUCCCGACCCUCCGAGCGUCGAGAUCCUUGAAGGAGAACAGGGAAAGCCCCUAAGGCGAACCAAGGCACAUAAUCGCUUAGAAUUCAAUUGGGAUCGGAGAAGCCCUCGAAGAGGUGAGUACAGACACGACUACGAACCACAUCGAGACCACAACAACAUCGAGGGAAACUAUGACCAAGAAUACCAUCACCGUCCUCGAUACUCACCUCAAAGACAGCAGAAACAUAAUUGGCAUAGGGAAAAUCCCCCGUACUUCCAGGGAGAUCAGCAAGGAACAAGAGACCAGAAUAUCUUGAUCCGAGAGGAAAUGAGAAAGAUCAUCGGGAUAGGGCUAGACCGGAGCCCUUUCUUCCCCAGCAUUCGAGAUAUACCUAAGCCCCGAGACUUCGACUUUCCUAAAGAAUUCAAGCCAUAUUCAGGGGAUACCGAUGUCUCCCAAUGGCUGCAAGGUAUGUCCAAGUCAUGA